AUGAUUGCCGAGUUCGAUUUGGUAAUGCAAGAACAUCUUCGACGUAUUAAAAACCAUGAAGUUUAUCAUCAUUAUCUUGGUCCUUCAAUCCAAAAUGAAUUAAUCGCAUUGUUGGCACGUCAUGUGAAAGAUAAAAUUGUUCAGAAAAUUCAAGAAGCAAAGUAUUUUUCUGUAAUACUUGAUUGUACUCCGGACAUAAGUAAUGAAGAGCAAAUGUCUCUUGUCAUAAGAUGUGUAUAUGUGUCCACGUCUUCGACCAAAGUUGAGGACUACUUUUUGGGAUUUGUAAAGGUGGACGACUCGACGGGAAGAGGACUUUUUAAUAAACUGGAAGAGCUCUUGCAGAACCUGAACCUUGAUAUUCGUAAUGUUAGAGGGCAAGGGUACGAUAAUGGAGCUAAUAUGACCGGAAAGAAUAAAGGGGUGCAAAAGAGACUACUAAAGAGCACUAUUGCGGUUAACUCAGUGAGCAUUAAACUUCAAACCGAAGAUAUGAAUCUUGAUGAUGCCGUUACUAAACUAAAAGAUCUUGUUUCUUUCUUUAAGGAUUACAGAAGGAAUGGAUUUGAGGGGGCAUUGGAAGAAGCUAAAAUACUUGCAACAUCCAUGAAUAUAGAGCCUAUUUUUUAUGAGGUACGAGUACGAAAAAGAAAAAAGCACUUUGAUGAAAUCGAUGAGAUAGAGGAAGUACAACCACCACUGCAAGAAAAAUUAAGGUCUCUUGAUGAUAGUACCUUACGGAAUUCUUGUGUGAAACUUGAAAAGUACCUAAGCUAUGAAAUGGAAUUCGAUAUCAAUGGGGAUGAGUUAUAUACGGAGUUGAAGGUUUUGCGAAGUUUUUUGCCUAACGAAACAAAAAAGGCUAUUGACGUGUUGAGUUUCUUAACAAAUAUGGGUGGCUGCUAUUCAAAUGCGUCUAUUUCAUAUAGAAUUUUAUUGACAAUCCCUGUUACAGUUGCAUCUGCAGAAAGAAGUUUUUCGAAGUUAAAGUUGAUCAAAUCCUACCUUCGAUCAACGAUGUCUCAAGAAAGAUUAAACGGACUAGCGAUGUUAUCCAUUGAAGCAGAUAUGCUAAGUAGUAUUGACUGUGAUAGUAUUAUAAAUGAGUUCGCAUCCGUAAAUGCGAAAAGGUACGUCUUUUGUGCUAUCAGAGACAUUGAUUCUUCUUCAUCAUCAAGAACUUGUUCUAAGGCUAAUGAGAUUGAUAUUAAUUCUUUAUCAUCAAAAACUUGUUUAGGGUCUUGUAAUGGUUUAGUGUGUUUGGAUGGUGAUGAUGCUUUGAUUUGCUUUUGGAAUCCAACUACUAAUGAAUAUAAGAGAGUAUCGAAACCAGAAUCUUAUUAUUCAUCCAAAAUUGAUGGGGAUCCAUGGGGCUUUCUAUGUGGGUUAGGUUAUGACUAA